AUGCUUUCUCUGCUAGCGUUAUUCCUUUUAGCUUUCACACCUGUAACAGCUCAUACAUCACGCAAAUCUUCUUAUUCUGAUCAAGAUGCACUUUUGGCUUUCAAGAAGGCGGUGCUAGUUGACCCAUAUAGAUCCUUGGGCAAUUGGUCUACCAAUCACACCCUCUGCAACUGGACUGGUGUCACCUGUUCUUCUCGCCGAGAGCGUGUAAUUUCCUUGAAUCUCACAGGUAUGGCUUUACUCGGUUACAUCUCUCCUUACCUGGGAAAUCUUUCUUUCCUUUCAACGCUUGUUCUUAAAAAUAACAGCUUUGAAGGCCAAAUUCCACCUCAGUUGGGAAGACUUUUUCGGUUGAGAAUGCUCCGACUGUCUAGAAAUGAUUUGGAAGCCUCCAUUCCACCCGAGUUAGGAGACUGCCGCUCUUUGCAAUCUCUUACUCUGUCUUAUAACAAUCUAACCGGCAGCAUUCCCCCCCAGCUUGGCCGUCUGUCAAAGUUAGAAGCCAUGGCAUUAGCGAUGAACCAACUGACAGGUACAAUUCCAUCAUUCAUAGCAAACAUGUCCUCCUUAAUUCAAUUAGAUUUGGGCUCAAACAGAUUACAUGGCGUCAUUCCUGUUGAAUUGGGUACGCUUACCCAACUCAAACUUCUUUUUCUCGGCCUAAAUAACUUCACUGGACCAAUUCCUGCUAUCCUUUCCAACUGUAGUCUUCUCCAAAACUUGUCAUUACAGGACAACCUGUUAACAGGUGACAUACCCUGGCAAUUUGGCAAGCUGUCAGAAUUGCAGGAACUUAUAUUAUGGGAAAACCAACUCACUGGAAAAGUCCCAAGCUCCCUCUCGAAUUGCACUCAACUGGAGCAGCCAGUGUUAGCCAUUAACCAGCUAGAGGGUACGCUGCCCUUAGAGUUUGCUAAAUUGCUGCAGCUUAGGCGGUUUGAGGUAAGGGAGAAUCAUUUCGUGAGUGGAAGCAACCAUCUGCCCAUUCUAACAGCCUUAGCUAACUGCUCCAAAUUAAAUGUAUUGGAUUUGGCCUGGAAUAAUUUCACCGGGGUCAUUCCCUCUUCAGUAGGCCACAGUUUAGAUGGGAGCAUCCCAAACAGUUUGGGUGAUGCAAAAAGGCUUGGUUUUUUAUCACUAAGUGAGAACAAGCUGUCAGGACAAAUUCCAGAUACUCUUGGCAACCUCACACAACUACGCUACAUCUAUCUUGAUCACAAUCAUUUGUCAGGAGAAAUCCCUGCCAGUUUAGGGAGAUGCCGAUCUCUGAUGCUGCUGGAUUUGGCUUACAACAAUCUAGCAGGCAACAUACCUCCAGAAGUUGCUGCUCUUCCAGAUCUCCAAUUCUAUUUCAACGUGUCCAGAAAUUUGUUACAAGGUUCUCUCUUAGGCAUGAGCAAUAUGUUAAUGGUCCGAGCUAUAGAUGUAUCAAUGAACAAGUUCUCUAAUGGCAUUCCAAGUGCAAUCGCAAGCUGCAUCGCAUUAGAGUAUCUAAAUUUGUCUUGGAAUGCAUUUACAGGUCCAAUUCCUACCUCUCUUGCCAAACUGGUAAAUCUUCAACUCAUGGAUCUUUCCUUCAACAACUUGACAGGUACAAUACCAGGGAAUUUUAAAGAUAUGAAAAUGCUCCGGAAUAUCAAUCUGUCUUCAAACAGGUUAACUGGAGAGGUCCCACAAGGAGGAGUUUUUGCAGAAUUGGAUGUCUCAGCACUUAUGAAUAACCUUGGGCUUUGUGGCACAUAG